UCCAUACACAAAACGUCAAAUAACAGCCCAGAUGCGUCCGAUAGCUGUACCCACCCCCUACAGAAUACCACGGAGGCCUGCACAAUCCAUCCUCAGGCGUUUUCAUCAUCCAGAAAGUCCGAAUCCUCCGGACCCUGCCAACCUCUUGCGUCAAGUCAUGCGCAAUGUCGCCCAGCCAGUAGCUGUAGCUGUAGCUUCAGUUCCUCCAACUUCUCCUCUUGCCCCUUUGGCCAAGUACCAUGGGGCGACCCUUACUUCUUUUACCUCAUUGACAUUACAUCCUCGGCCUCUGGUCGCCUUUUCUUUGAGACUGCCAUCACGAAUGGCCGACUGCUUACGGCCCUGGAGAACAGGCGGUUCAAUAGAGGAACCAGAUGCGCAUGUCGAGCCUCAAACGACAGUCCAAGCGAGCAAUACUUUGAGACUACCACCCAAAAGCGAGCUUCCGUGGCCUCUAUCGACGUUGCCAAUGCCUGAAGAUCCCCCUCCAUGGGCGCAAUCCCUGGUUUCAAGAAUUCCCAAUCCUCUUGCACCGCCCGCCGACCCAAUCAUAUCUUCAUCCGCUUCCAAAUUACCACCAGCGAGCAGCCCGGCGACUCUUAUACCACCUACCCCGCUGACGAUUUCACUCCUCUCCCCUUGCAAUGAAGCCAUCGCCGAUGCCCUCUCACAACCGCGAACAGACCACUCUUCCAUCUUUGCUCUCCCUAACACCUGGGAGGAAAGUCCUACUACGUCAACUGACGAAGCUCCUCAUCCCCCUGCACUUUUAGGGUGCGUAGGUAGCUUACAAUGCCAAGUCGUUGGAAGCGUAAUGCUGAAAGAUCUUUGCUUGCCUGGUGAGGUGCAAGAAGGCGAAGGUAGUGAGAUGUUCAUAUGCAGGGUUGUGGCAGUCAAGAUGGGAGACAUGGAUGAGCCACUAUUACAUUGGAGAAGAAGGUAUGCAGGUGUCAAGGAGUUUGACUGAGAAAGCUGGGCGGAAUGGCGUUCAGCGCAGGUUACUAGGCUUUUUUAUCAACAUCGAUAACCCAAUGCAGCACACAAAAAUCCACAAUCCUACAUGUGCAUAUGAUAUGUUAGAUAUACAGUUACAGAUUCAAAUGUAGAGGCAGUCAUGAACUGAAACAGUCACCUAUCCUCUGAUCACGCUCCCACACUCAAUCCCCCAGAACAACCACGCCGCCGUAACCAGCAACAAUCCACCAACUUUCCAACCCACUUCAUUCGCGACCGCGUCCCAGUCCCAUUUUCUCCCCCAUACAAAUUUUUCCCACUGACGCAGAUGAUCAGGUGGUGGACCGAGUAACAUUGUUGUCUGCUUUGAGCCUCGGCGAGCAGCCAUGACACCGGGGUUGCUUGCGGUAGGAGUGAUAAUGAGAUUGGUGGCCACCAGAGGGGAGACAAGGUCGGCAGGUACGACAUUGCUCGUUACCCACAUCUGAACUGUCCGGGACCAGCCGGUAGUCACGCCAAUG